AUCAACUCCCCCCCAAAUUCAAGGCUCCGUGUCGACUCUCCUGCGCUGCUUACCACGGUCUGAAGAUGCUAGCCACUACAAGCCCUCGAGAAAGUCCAUUUUCCUCUUUCCACCCGCCGAAUCUCAGACUCUGGCACCCACGCCGACACCCCACAUCCAUUGCCGCCCUGAGCCGGACUGUCCACUUGGACCCCAGACUUGCCUUUCUCGCUCGCCACAGCCUCCCCUUUACUGGCUUUUGAUGUCCUGAAGGUCUUCCCUUGGAGCAUGUGCCGGGGACCUCAUGGCUGCUUCUGGGCAGGGCUGGUCGACGGAGCCUGACUAGGUCAUGACCACUGGCGGGCUGUCGAUUCGCUGGCCUUGCGUCUUCAAGGUGCUACCUAUGCUUGAUGUAGGGUCCGCUCCACGGCCCCCUCGUGCAAAAGAGAACUGCCGAAGCUCAAUUAGCCACUUGACUCUUUCCAGCAUCAGCCAUGGCUGUUAAAGAUCGGAUGGAUCUUGGUUCUCAGCGUGACGGAACCAUGUCUCGGUCUCGGGGAUGCCGCCUGACGUCCAUGGUGUUGACAGAACCUACAUGAUUUCGCUAAAUCGCCUCGACUUAUCCUAUUUCCCACCGAUCAAGGUAGAAAACCAUCAUUGCGAGCCCUCCUUGCCUGUUCAGCCGCAUCUUUACCCUUUACCCAGCUAGACUACGUGACCAUGAUCGAGUCAAUCGUCCCGGCCAUUGUCAACAACUGGCCCAUAGCGGUGGCCGUUGUUGUUGUGGGCUAUCUACUGAGCAACUAUUUCAACCAUGGCCUCAACAAGUAUCCCGGGCCAGUGCUGGCGAGGUUUACGGAUUGGUGGAGGUUCUUCGACGUGUAUGGCCGACGACCAGACAUCACACACCUCAAACUGCAUCGCCAGCAUGGAGAUGUUGUCAGACUCGGACCGAACACCCUUUCGUUUGCAAAUCCCAAGGCGUUGAAGACCAUCUAUGGUCUGAAUAAGGGGUUCGUCAAGUCUGGAUUCUACCCGGUCCAAAUGGGCGUCAGCAAGGGCAAGCGACUGCCUUCGCUUUUCUCCACCAUAGACGAGUCUUAUCAUGCAAACCUUCGCAGAUCUGUGAACAAUGCGUUCUCCAUGAGCCAGCUGGUCCAGUACGAGCCUGGCGUCACUGAAUGUAUCGAGGUCUUUCUGGACCAGACGGAGAGAAUCUAUGCACGGACAGGCAAGGUCUGCGAUUUUGCAGAGUGGCUUCAAUAUUUUGCGUUUGACGUCAUUGGGUACAUCACAUACAGCAAGCGCCAUGGGUUCAUGGAGAGAAAUGAGGAUGUAGACGGCAUGAUUGCAUACCUCGGGCGGCUAUUUUCCUAUGUGGCACCGAUUGGACAAAUGCCAUGGCUAGACCUUCUCUUUCUGAAAAAUCCACUGGUUCUCUUACUUGAUCGACUUGGAGUCAAGCUCUUUGCAUUUCCGGUUGCCACCUUUGCUGUGCAGCGAAUGCAGGAGAGGCUCGCCGAAAUGGAGGCGCAGGGCAUCGAGAAGGGAACGGAGAAGCCAGAUCUUCUGUCCAUGUUCCUCAAGGCGCAAAGAGACCGCCCGGAGUUCAUGACCGACCAGAGGGUUCUCACCAUGGCAGUGUCGAUGGCGUUCGCUGGGUCCGAGACUACGGCCAUCAGUCUGGCGGCGGCGUUUUACUAUCUCCUCCGCAACCCUCGGUGUUAUGAGAAACUGAUGCAGGAAUUGAACGAGGCUGUCGAGGAAGGGAGAAUUGCGGAUACACCUUCAGGAACGAUCACGUGGGCCGAAUCCCAACAACUCCCUUACCUCGACGCAUGCAUCAAGGAAGCAUUCAGAAUGCACCCCGCGGCAGGAUUGCCUCUAGAAAGAGUCACGCCGCCACAGGGGAUCGAAAUUGAUGGCCACUUUGUCCCUGGGGGUACGAUUGUCGGUUGCAAUGCGUGGGUCAUCCACAAGCGCGAAGAUGUCUUCGGCUCCCAGAUCGACAGCUAUAUCCCCGAGAGGUGGCUGGAUGUUGGGAAGGAGCAGCUGAAGGAGAUGAACGGCACUCUGUUCCAGUUUGGCGCUGGUUCACGGACCUGUAUUGGAAAGAACAUCAGUUUGCUGGAGAUGUACAAGCUGGUCCCUGCUGUCCUGCGUCGUUUCGAGGUACGUUUCGAUGAUCCCAACCGAGACUGGAAACUGCACAACGCUUGGUUUGUGAAAGAGCACGACUUCUACUGCCGCUUCAAGCCACGAAAGAUGGGAUAAACAAUAUACUCACACAGCUUCCGGCACUCCGCUCCCUGCGAGAACGAGAGCGAUUUGGCGUCAUUUCCGAGAUAUUGUCGCAAGAACAGGUGUUCCAUGCCAAUAGCUCACGAUCAAACGAAGUCAACAUGAUGUGGUUUCCAAGUGUGUCGUCGAGACUAAUCAGUCAAGAGGAGUUUGUUUGAUGUCUUUGGAUUGGAGUUUUGUACAUGCGUAGCCGUCCCACAAAAUCGAGACAGUCCCAUUAUCACCGACCUAUUCUCGAGCUCCUUUCGCC